CUAUACUGUACUCAGCGGCAAGUUUGUAAUGCCAUCCACACCGUAAAAAAUACAACGGCAAAAAUAAAACUGUUUUGCACGCUGAAGAGUUACGCAGCUCGGACAGGGGCAUGUUUUCACCUGAAAUGGGGAAGAAAGCUGGGAAAUGGUGGGAUAUUCCCAAAGGACUAUCCAGCUACCAGUUCCGCAAACUAGUGCAGUUGAAGAACACGGAAGUCCUCAGUGAUCUUGUGGAGAAUCCUUAUAAUGUUUCCUAGCUCGUCUCGGUCUAACUACACAUGCUGAUGAAAUCCCCUCACAUAAUGCAGCUACGAACGAUCAUCAUGUCCCCGCGGCUUACCCGCGGAAAGUCCCGGAAUAUCUACAAAAAUCUGAAGAAAUGAAGCAAAUCGCGGCCCAGAGAGGAGAUUUUACUCCUCUGACGGAUCCAUAUAAGGCACUGGGUUCUUUAACCGUAUUCGACGAACUCUUAAUCAGGAAAGCCUUAAACAGCCAUAUUCCGGAUCUGUUGUUGUCCAUGGAAAACAUGCGACCUCGCACCCGCUACAGGCUGAUGCGUCAGCAGACGGAUGGACAACACGGGACGCAUGGUAUCCGUCCGGACGCUAGCAACGAAGAUGCAUUGGACCAAGAAUCUGUUACGCGAUCAAAUCUGCCCCAGUUACUCAAUCAACCUUUUCGUCCAACUGGCAGCUUGCGUACCAAAAGCGAUGGCGGCUUCAUUUCCUGGAAGAUGUUUAUGAAAGAAAUGCGCCGAUGUGUGAACAAAGUUGUGAAAGGGCGCGAGCUGGGAGACUUUCUAGACCAGAGUGACCAGUUCGUUAUGGCAGCUUUACAAAAAAUGAAACUCCAGAGCAUUGUGGCGCUGAUGCACGAUUCGCCACACCUGGGAACGGUUCACCACCUUGUCUAUUCCAUUCAGCAGUUGGAGAAACUGUUUGACUCAACAGAUGAGCCAACGAAGCAAAUUGAGCGCACUUGUUUUUCAAGAUACAUCCGAUGGAUUGACAUCAUCCUCACAUCAUUAAGCAAUGUUCGUCUCAGAGAAAUUCUUUCGUGGCAUCCUUUGUCUUUUGAUCGCUUGGAGGAACUGCGACAUCACUUUGAUAUGGAAGCUCUAAGCCGGUCACCGAGCGUAACCUUCAAUCCAAAAUUUCGCUCACAAAGACAAGAAGACGGUGACGGAUCGGGAUCAGAUACCCUUUCAAAAACCGGUCCUUCGAACAUGAACGCAAAAGAGCAGCAACAGCUGCUUUGGAGAAAAUUUCACAGGAAUAAGCUCGCUGGGCGCUUCGAUCGGCACUGUCCAUCAAGUGAUGGAGUGAAUGAGUGGCGCUUCAAAAGUUAUCCGCCAUGGCUGGAAAGCAUGUCUAAAGUACAAACUCGAUUUCAGGCCGUUAAAAGUGAAAUAAGCCUGCAGACGUUGGCCAAGAAUGGUCCCUACCGCAGAACCCAACGUAAGGUCAACGAAGAUAACGCGGAAGAUUUGAUUCGCGCAAUGCAUGAACGAUGGUUAAAAGCCGAACGCGCAAAACGUGUGAAAUAUGAAAAAUUCCUGGAUCGCAAAAAAGAGUCUGUGUUUGCUACACUAAGAAAUCCAAAGCAACAGCAAAAGAAGUUGCGGACCAGCAGGGAAAAGAUGCAGGACAACUUUCAACAGUCCAAGGAUAAACUUAGGGUUAAUACGUGGUUCGAGGACCUUAAAGACCAGUGCAGACUUGUAAUGGGGAGCACCAAAACUACACGUUACGUGGAACGGUUCUCCAAGAUCCCAUGGGACCAUUUUAAUUUUGCGUUAGAGCGUUAUGCACUCGUGCUGUGCUCCCUUCCGGGAUCCGAUCUCCUGGACUAUCAGCUGCAAGCGGCGGCUAGAUUCGUUUUGCGAGAAAUUUUCAGUGGACCGGAUGACCUUAUAAGCCGCUGUUAUAAAUUUCGUGGCCUUCCUUAUGAUAAACCGUUCCUGCGCCCGGGUAGAGGUGACUCCAUAAUUGUCCAGUCCAAGCCAAUAUUUGCACUGAUUAACGAAAGACGAACAACUGGAUAUCAGCCUGGAUUCAUGGCAGAAGCCCGAUCUGCCGUACGGUUAACACCUGGGCGACGACGACUGGCAGCUACUGCAGACGCUUUAUCGGACAGCGCAUAUCAUGGAACAACCUUAGGCGACUACCAUCGCAACAAAUUACGCCGAUCGCUCCGCCCAGUGCACUUGACCGCACGAUCGCCUCAACCAAAUUCAAAGCGGCAAACAUGAUAC